GACUCGGAAUGCUUUGUGAGCCCCAGCGUGCGGUCGCGCGCGCGCUGGUGCGAAGCGCGAGGAACCUCGGGACCGGUCCCGGCCGAGCACUUGGCCGCCGCGCCGCGUCGGAGGGAGCAGGCCGGUGGCCAGCGGCAGCCGGGCGGGGAGCUCUUCGCGUGGCGCCCAGGCGCCCGAGGUCUGGAAGGCACAGAAAUGGAGCAAGAGCCACAGAAUGGAGAACCUGCUGACAUUAAGAUCAUCAAGGAAGCAUACACAAAGGCCUUUUUAUUUGUUAAUAAAGGACUGAAUACAGAUGAAUUAGGUCAGAAGGAAGAAGCAAAGAAUUACUAUAAGCAAGGAAUAGGACACCUGCUCAGAGGAAUCAGCAUUUCAUCAACGGAGCCUGAACACACUGGUCCUGGGUGGGAAUCUGCCAGACAGAUGCAACAGAAGAUGAAAGAAACACUACAGAAUGUACGUGCCAGGUUGGAAAUUCUGGAGAAGGGUCUUGCCACUUCUCUACGGAAUGAUCUCCAGGAGGUGCCCAAGUUAUAUCCAGAAUUUCCACCUAAAGACAUGUCUGAAAAGUUACCAGAGCCUCAGCCCUGUAGUUCACUUUCUCAGCACACUGAAGUAAAUGGAAGCACUUCAACAAGUUCAGAGUUGGUUUCUGCAUGUAGUUCUUUGUCCUUUCCGUCUCAGAGUCAUCCAGCAGAAGCACCUCCUGCUUAUACUCCUCAGGCUGCUGAGGGUCAUUACACUGUAUCCUAUGGAACAGAAUCUGGAGAAUUUUCAUCAGUUGGAGAAGAAUUUUAUAGGAAUCAUUCUCAACCACCUCCUCUUGAGACCUUAGGGCUAGAUGCAGAUGAAUUGAUUUUGAUACCAAAUGGAGUACAGAUUUUUUUUGUAAAUCCUGCAGGGGAGGUUAGUGCACCUUCAUAUCCAGGGUAUCUUCGAAUUGUGAGGUUCCUGGAUAAUUCUCUUGAUACGGUUCUAAACCGACCUCCUGGGUUUCUUCAGGUUUGUGACUGGUUAUAUCCUCUAGUUCCUGAUAGAUCUCCAGUUCUUAAAUGUACUGUGGGAGCCUACAUGUUUCCGGAUACCAUGUUACAAGCGUCAGGAUGCUUUGUGGGGGUCGUCCUGUCUUCUGAAUUACCAGAAGAUGAUAGAGAACUCUUCGAGGAUUUAUUAAGACAGAUGUCUGACCUGCGGCUUCAGGCCAACUGGAAUUGGGCAGAAGGAGAAAAUGAAUUCCAAAUCCCAGGAAGAGCAAGAUGCUCCUCUGACCAACUGAAAGAAGCCAGUGGCACUGAUGUGAGACAAUCAGGUCCUUCAUUGGACCAAGGCAAUAAGGAUGUGCGUCAUAAAGGAAAACGGGGGAAAAAAACUAAAGAUGCUUCAAGUGAAGAAGUUAAUCUGAGUCACAUGGUACCCUAUGAGCCAGGUUCAGAAGACAAAGCAAAGGAAUUACCUGAAUGGAGUGAGAAAGUGGCUCAAAACAUUUUGUCAGGUGCUUCCUGGGUGAGCUGGGGUUUGGUCAAAGGUGCUGAAUUUACUGGGAAAGCAAUCCAGAAAGGCGCUUCUAAACUCCGUGAACGGAUUCAACCAGAAGAAAAACCAGUGGAAGUUAGUCCAGCAGUGACCAAGGGACUUUAUAUAGCAAAGCAGGCUACAGGAGGAGCAGCAAAAGUCAGUCAAUUCCUGGUUGAUGGAGUUUGCACUGUAGCAAAUUGUGUUGGAAAGGAACUAGCUCCACAUGUCAAGAAGCAUGGAAGCAAACUUGUUCCAGAAUCCCUUAAAAAGGACAGAAAUGGGAAGUCUCCCCUGGAUGGUGCUAUGGUCGUAGCAGCAAGUAGUGUUCAAGGAUUUUCAACCGUCUGGCAGGGAUUGGAAUGUGCAGCUAAAUGCAUUGUUAACAACGUUUCAGCAGAAACUGUACAGACUGUCAGAUACAAAUACGGGCAUACUGCAGGAGAAGCUACACAUGAUGCAGUAGAUUCUGCCAUCAAUGUUGGUGUAACUGCCUAUAAUAUUGACAACAUUGGUAUCAAAGCAAUGGUGAAGAAAACGGCAAAACAAACAGGACAAACACUCCUUGAAGACUAUAAAAUAGUUGAUAAUCCUAAGGGGGGACAUCAAGAAGGAAGAGCAAAUGUAAACAUGAAAAGGGAGAAAGGUGAGCAGACAGAGAAACUAGAGAAGAAUGAGACAAAGAAGAAAGAAAAAUGAGGGAAGUGCUGUGAAUCACCUAUACCAAAGCCUUACAAGGUGGAUGCAUAUUUUUAAAUAGGCAAAUGUGGAAUUGCCCUCAGAUUAACCAGUAUUUUAAAAAUGUAUUCAUUCCUAUGAAGUGACUGUUUGUAAGCUUUAUAGCAUGUAUUCUACUUGAAAGAAUCUGUAGUCUUGCAUCUGGCUUUUAGAAAUACAGGAUUACAUAGUCUCAGUAAGUUUAUUUUUCCUAAAUGUGGCUAAAAUAUUUUUGCAGUUAAAAUAAGACUAAUAAACCAUGUGCUUUAAUAAACCUCAUUAAACCUAAUGUUAAACUAUUUUUGUAUUUUCUGUCUUUCAAAAAGCAAGGUAGGAAAUUAUAUAUUUACAUAAAAUUGUCAUUUAGUAACCUUAGCUCUAGUUAUACUUGAAAGGACUGACUUAAAAUAUUGUCUCCUGGUUUGGCACUAAUUGUGUAUUUUCUUUUUUAGAUCCUUGUCAAAAUUUUCAGUGUGUAAACUAAACACAAAAAAUGUAAUCCUAAAUUAAAAUAAUUCUCAGAUAAUAUUUAAAAGACUUGUUCAAUUCAGGGAAUAAGCUAAUCAUGAAAAAUAAAAUGAAGUUCCAUAAAAUUA